GUAUGCGUAGCUUCUAUAUAUCUUCAUCUUCAUGUAGUUAUCAUAUAGCCCAUAAAACUAAUUUGAGCAACCUCAACCCUAACAGAGAAGCUGAUGACAUAUUGGCAAGCGAGAAGAAGAGCGAGUGAAUGUAUACCACGGAGCUUUCCAUGCAAAGAGGGAAAACUUUUACAUCUAGAGCCAGUCGAUCAGCAGAGUAGCAGAGCAGUGAAUAAAGCCAGUCACCAUGAGCUCGCAACACUGGACUCUCAACAAUUCCAAUUCCAAUCUCAAACCUACCACCAGUAUUCCACUCAAUCCAAAUCCUCUUCAAAGCUCUUUUCAAAAACGUAUUGAACUUGACACAAAUACCCAAAGAUGCGCUGGUGAGUACCUACUUGCAACUAAACACCCAAUCCCAACUAACGAUAUCUGAUAUCAGCGACGACCCCAAAUGCGGCUGCCAACCAGCGCCCAAAAAGCCACUCAUCCCCCCCGCAAUCCAGAUGUACCUUCGCGGGCCCGAACCAGGCCAAUUCAAAGAACUCCACCAAGAAGGCGCCGAGAUAGACAUCAUCUUCGACUUUGACGAGCACCUCAUGGCGAUCCGCGAGACGAUCGAAGACCACACCCGCAAAUACACCUUCAGCAGCACCUACGUGCGACUGGGCGUGCACAACACGCGCUUCGUGAAUCUGCAGGGGCUAGCAGAUAACUCGCUUCUGCUGACGCUGCGGAUGAAAGCUUCAGCCUGCGCGGAACGGGGCGGGGGGUUGCGAUUCCGUGAGAAGGUGAGCGGGUUUAUACCCGAGAAGAAGAAGAGUCGGUUGCGGUGGGACUUGUACAUGUGUGACUGGCCUGAGAGGACGAUUCAGGUGCUUAUCCCUGAGGACCGGACGACGGGGUGGAAGACUGUUGCGUUGGUUUUGUUGGCGUUUCAGAGGGUGACGAUGGAGAAUUGGUGUUGUUUGGUGAAUAUGAAGGAUGAGCCGCCGAUUGCUGGGUUGGACUGGAGGGAGAUUGAGGCGGAUACGCAGCUUGAUAUGGAGAAGAAGAAGGGGGGUGAUUUCGCUGUUGAGGAGGUUGAUAUUAAGACUUGA